GUGGGCAGCAGUGCUUCCGAGCGUCUCUGGAGCCCAAGCUCUUCUCACAGACGGAAGGACAGAGCAGGCAGCAGACACCAUGCAAUCACCCUCAGGCCCUGCUCACAGAGGAUGUGUCCCUUGGCAGGCGCUCCUCUUGGCAGUCUCAAUCUUAGCCUUCUGGAACCUGCCCACCACUGUCCAGUUCACUAUUGAGUCGGUGCCGAACAAUGUUACUGAAGGAAAGGAUGUUCUUCUACUUGUCCACAAUCUGACUGGGAAUAUUCUAGGCUAUAUGUGGUUCAAAGGGAAUGGAGCACGUCCACAUAAACAAAUUAAGUUUUAUGAUGUAGACACAAAAGCAUUUUCCACAGGGCCUCUAGCCACAGGUCGAGAGACAAUGUACCCCAAUGGAUCCCUGCUGUUCCAGAAUGUCAUGACGGAGUACGCAGGAAACUACACACUACUUGUCCUAAAAAGAUCCUUGAUAUAUGAAGUAGGAACUGGACAAGUCCAUGUAUACAAUCCAGGGUCAAAUACCUCCAUUGGAAUAACUGUAAUACAUAAAGACCCCAGUUACAGAGCCUAAGGAACCUGUGGUCCUCACGUGCCUCACAAAUUAUAUUGGGAUCUCCAUCCAGUGGUUCUUCAAAGACCCGUGUCUGCAGCUCACAGAGAGGAUGACACUAUCACAGGACAACAGCAGCAUCACCUCACACCCCAUUGGGAGGGAGGAUGCCAGGCUUAUAAGUGUAAGGUCUCCAACUUGGUCAGCUCCAGCAAGAGUGACCGCCUCAUGCUGGAUGUGAAAUAUGAGUCUGGCUCUCUUAUCCUCCUCUAUCUUAUUAAACUCUAGAAAGAAUUUUUUCUCUUGCCUGUAAAAUGAUGAUCCUGAGGCACUUUUCCAGUAGAGUUGUUGUAAUAGUCAAUGAUUAAAGUGGA